AUGGCUUUAGUGAACCGAACCAUAAUGCAGUUAGCAGGGAUUUUAUUUUGCCUGUUAGGAUGGGUCUUAUCCUGCCUCACUACUUAUUUACCUCAGUGGAAAAAUCUCAAUUUAGAAUUGAAUGAAUUGGAGAUCUGGACAAUGGGACUCUGGCAAGCUUGUGUGGUCCAUGAAGAAGGGGGAAUGCAGUGCAAAGAAUUUGAUUCUUUUUUAGCUUUACCCCCAGAGCUCCAAAUUUCUAGGAUUCUAAUGUUCAUAUCCAAUGGAUUAGGACUUUCUGGUCUCUUACUCUCAAGUGUUGGAUUGGAUUGUUUAAAGAUUGGAGAACAACAACAGGAUCUAAAGAAGCGGUUAUUGUUGCUGGGAGGAAUAUUCUGCUGGAUUUCAGGAGCUGCAACCUUAGUCCCAGUGUCUUGGGUUGCUCAUACCACUGUGCAGGAAUUUUGGGAUGAAACUAUUCCAGACAUCGUUCCAAGGUGGGAUUUUGGGGAAGCACUUUUUAUAGGCUGGUUUGCUGGAUUCUGUCUCAUUUUUGGAGGCUCAUUGCUAAAUUGCAGCAUCUGUUCGGUUGAUACUCAAUCGUCCUCGGUCCAUUAUGCAGUGGCAGGUGUGCUAGAUGCUUGUCAACACUUGGAAAGUGACAACAGACCCCAAAGUCUAAGAGUCUGA